CGUGCAAUGCGCUGGGGGGAAGAAGUGGAGCUGCUGCAAGAAGAAAUGCGGCGUAUAUUAGCAUUUCUGAGGUGGGAAGCAGGGUGCUGGGAGAGAAGGAGAGAGGACGCUGUACCAGCCAAUGCAGAACAUGAAGAUGGCUGUGUGGCGUAUGCAAAACGUCAGGCUGACUUACGCCGAAAUCUCGCGUCGUCGUUUGAAGCACGUUGGGCAGAGACACUGGCCCUUGUAGAAGUAGAUUGA